AUGCGUUUCUUCUCCACCGUCAUCGGCGCUGCCGCCCUCGUCUCGAGCGUUGCCGCUCAGACGCUCGGCAUCACCAAGGCCCCCACCUCGGUCGUUGCUGGCCAGACCUACACCAUCGAGUACGCUGCGCCUGCCGGCUCGCCCGUUUCCCUCAUCCUGCGCAAGGGUGACCCGAACAACCUGAACACCGUCACCACCCUGACCUCCGCUGCCAGCGGUGGUUCCUACGAGUGGUCCGUCUCCAAGGACCUGGAGAGCGACGACGACUACGCCAUCGAGAUCACCCAGGGCACCGACGUCAACUACUUUGGUCCGUUUGGCCUCAGCGGCGGCUCUGCUUCUGCCUCGGCUGCCAGCUCCUCUGCUAGCGCUUCCGCCUCCGCUUCUGCUUCGGCUUCUGCUUCUGCUUCGGCUUCGGCCUCGGCCUCUGCCUCUGCCUCUGCCUCUGCCUCUGCCAGCGCUUCUGACAGCUCGUCCAAGAGCUCCACCAUCACUGCCAGCGCCUCGCUCUCUUCGGCCGCCUCGUCGCUGUCGUCGCUGAUCUCGGCCGCCAACUCGACCCUUGCCUCGCUCACUAGCGUCAACGCGACCAUGACCAGCGGUAACUCGACCGCCACUGCGUCGGCUUCGUCCAAUGGCACCCACAGCUCUUCCAUGCGUACCUCGACCUCGACCUCGACCGCCACUGCGACCGAUGGCUCGGGUUCGUCUGAGACUUCCAGUGGAUCUGGCAGCGCGCCUACUUCGGGCGCCGCCCUGCCUAGCAUGGUCAGCCCCGUCGCCCUCGUCUUGGGCGCCGUCGCCGCCAUGAUCUUCUUCAACUAG